AUGUCAGUCAAGAUCAUCAACAACGAUGCCGAAUUCAAGGCUGAACUCGCAAAAGAUUCAAAGAAGCUGAUUGUCGUUGAUUUCAGCGCGGAGUGGUGCGGUCCAUGCAAGCAAAUCGAACCAUUCUUCAACGAACUCGCCACCAAAUACCGACAUGUAUCGUUUCUAAGGACUGAUGUCGAUGCAAAUCAGACAACUGCUCAAGCUUGUGGUGUCACUGCAAUGCCAACUUUCCAAUUCUAUAAAGGAAAUGCAAAAGUCGGAGAACUUAAAGGCGCUAAUCCUGGUGGGCUAGAAGCGUUGGUCAAGCAACAUCAAGGACCUGUUGAGGAGGGUACAGUUGUGUCGGGAGCAGGUGGAUCAUAUUCAGAGAUCACUGAAUUCAUCACGAUGAACCAAGUGGAAUGCUUGAACGAAAAGGAAGGAACUUCCGUCAAGAACAUCUUCAAAGCUGACACUACAUUCCUUGAAUCAGAUGUAGACGAACAAUUACUUAUGUCAAUCUCAUUCAAUCAAUCUGUGAAACUACACUCAAUCAAAAUAUUAGGUCCUGCUGCCAAUGGCCCCAAAACAAUCAAAACAUAUGUCAAUAGGCCAAGUACUCUGGGCUUCGAUGAAGCUGAUGGUAUAGCAGAAACUGAGACAUUGAGUGUCUCCAAAAAGGAUUUGGAAGGUGGUGUUAUUCCUCUCAAGUUUGUUCGAUACCAAUCUGUCCACAACAUCAAUAUCUUUAUUGUCGACAAUCAAGACGGUGAGGAAACGACUAGAGUUGAUCAGGUCAUUUUCUAUGGCGUCCCCGGCAUGGCCACCAACAUGAAGGAUCUGAAGAAAGCACACGAUCAUGACCAUUAA